UUUAGUGUUUACAAGGUUUCGGUAGAGUUCUAAUCUCGUUGCUCGUUUUACCGCUUUAAAUCACUUGAAACACAAUAAAUUUGGACGUAAAAUCGAAAAUAAUUUGUUCAAAACGUUCAGGAAAGUGUCGGUUUGGAUCGUGCAACGGUGGAUUAGCUCGGUGGACACGCGCAAGAGUCACAAGUGUUCAAAAUACAAGAAAUCCAUACAAACCAUGGCUGGAUGUUUCCAAAAUAGUUAAAUUGUCAGCUGUUCGCGAGUGUUUCCUGACAUAGUUUUAUUUUUAAAUGGGGUUAUUAGCCAUGUGCAAAUUACAAUGGGUGCAGUUGCAUCGGUACUGCAAUGGCACUGUGGCUCUUGCAGUUUAAUCAAUCCCACUGAACGUACGAAAUGUAUUAGAUGUGGCAAAUUGCGGCAGAGUUUCACGAACAAAGACCUUUUGGAAAAAUCGAAUUGUUUUGAAGCAGGUCAAAGCCGGAAUUGUACAGUAAUUAGACGAUACAGAGCCACCAAUACGCCUGUUCUGGAUAUAAACAGGUGUAUUGGCAAAAAGGACUGUUCGGUUUUGGUAAAGAACACCUUGAUUAACACCUUAAUAUUUAUAAGAAAACGGCAAGCACUUGUCGGCGGUAAGAGACAAUUGCGUGUACAUAAGUCCCAAAGUCUCCCCAAUUUAAACUAUAAAACAUCUUGUGUUAAGUGCCAAGUCUCCUUUCAACAAUCAACAGUAUCCACAUGUCUACUUUGUGAUGACAAUUUAGAAAACAUGAACAUUACUCAGUCACCAUGUAAGAUCUGUACAGUAGUAGGCCAACCGAAUUACAAAAACUAUGAGAUUUUGAACUAUGAAAGGUGCAAAUGUCAGAAACCUUCGCCAGAUCUGCUCUGUCUCUCCAAUAUCAGAAGCCUGAGCUGCUCUAUUGACCAAAACAUUAACUCUGACAAGCACUUGGACACUAUUCAAUUUAAUAACAUCCGAACAACGGCUAGUGGAAUCAAUGGAAGUAACCACCCGUCAUCCAGUAAUAAUUACAUGUGGGCUGUAAACAAUUCAAUGCCCUCCACCACCUGGACAUGCAAAAGAUGCACCUUGUUAAAUAAUGCCGAUAUAUCAAUGUGUGAAGCAUGUGAGGCACCUUUCACCCCUGAUUUUAAUAGCAAUGUUACUCCAAGUGUGAUUAUUAAGGUGGAUAAUUGGGCGGAUAAUCAGGCACUUCGGAACCCCACGCAAAAACCUCCGUAUCGAAGAUCGUUUUCAGAGUUACCGCAUUCGCCCAGCCUACUACCGAACCGUAAUCGACGUAGUUUGGAUAGCGAAGUUUUCCAGAUAAAUUUUCCCAAGUCCAGUAACUCGAUGACGGACAUUCAGUCCACUCAGCUGCAGUAUUCACAUUUAUUUGGAGAGCUAAACAGAGAUCUGAAUGUACCAGCUAAAGGUAAAAACCUCAAUCGAAGCACCAGUGAUAUUCACGAAGGAAGCAUAGACAACACCUUAUAUACGUACAUUGGAAUGACCGAACCAGAAAGGGAAAAGGCCCAUUUCUAUGAGAAUCAAAGCAUCAUCAGUGCCCAGAGAAACAUGAGCAACUUUGAUAUUCAGCAGCAGCAGCAUGAGCGAGUUAUGUCUUUGCUACAGAAAAACAGUCCCUUAUCGACGAUGUGGACAGUUAAUGAAAGACGAUGGACCUGCAGACAAUGUUCGUUUGCCUACAAUGAUAUCAACGGAGAUAAAUGUGAUAUUUGCAAAAGCUUAAGAACGCCCCCUUCGUUGAAUCAACCAUCGACAAUAACCGUUACUGAAGACCGAACCAGCACAUCUUCUAGUGGCUUACCAUCUUCAUGGGUUCAUGCCUGCGAAGUUCCCGUUCCCAUUGCCACUCUAGAUCAAGGAUUAGAGGAUGAUUUCCAGAUGCUUCCAGGCAUCGAUUCGACAGAUGAGCAGCAAUGGACAUGCAAGAAGUGCACUUUAGUGAACAACGGCGUUGCGUUGAUAUGUGAGGCUUGUUGCGGCUCUAAGUUGAAAUCUUUAGCCGUUAGUCACGACAUGACAUUGAAAAAGGGCGAGUUUUGGAUCUGUUCAAAGUGCACUUUGAAAAAUUCCCUGUCGUCGGUGGCAUGCAAAGUGUGCAAGACUGAAAAAUUGAGCCUGGAGGCGAGAGGACAAGCGCGAAGUCCUUCGCCUUUGCACCAUUCUCGAAAACCGAAAAAUGGUCGUGCAGGUGGUGAUAAGAAAAUACCCGAACCUACCGUUAAGAACCGAAUCAAUCUGAGAACGGAUGUGGAUUUAUCUUGUGUGCCCAACACUUCGAAACAAAUCCAAGCUUGGACCUGCACAAUAUGCACCUUUGAAAACACCAAAUCUCAAUUUAUCUGUGAUAUGUGCCAGAAACUGAGGGCCACUCUACAUUCUGGCCCACCCGAAGAUCCGCCUCGACUUACACAAGAGGAGCUUAGCAAUAAACAUUGGAACUAUAUUGUAAGAUAUUGCAAAUUAAAGAAGCAAAGCUACAUUGACGACGAUUUCUCGCCAAUGCAAACUAGUCUAUAUUACAAUCCCAACGAAAAUAAGGAUGCAUUUACAAUUAAAUGGAGACGACUAAAAGACAUAGUAGUGGAAGAAAAGGAACGGGACCUCCCCUGGGCCGUCUUCAGAAUGCCUCAACCAUCAGACAUUUCUCAAGGGGUUCUAGGAAAUUGUUGGUUAUUGAGUGCCUUAGCUGUUCUAUCAGAGCGAGAGGAACUGUUGCGCGCCAUUCUCAUAACUCGAACGCACUGCCCGCAAGGCGCGUAUCAAGUGAGACUGUGCAAAGAUGGAGUGUGGACCACUGUGUUAGUCGAUGAUUUUUUUCCCUGCGAUAAAAAAGGCCAUCUACUCUACUCCCAGGCCAAAAGAAAACAGCUUUGGGUACCGUUGAUUGAAAAAGCCGUGGCCAAAAUCCACGGAUGUUAUGAAGCUUUAGUAUCGGGUCGCUCUUUGGAGGGAUUGGCAACCCUGACGGGCGCGCCUUGCGAAUCUAUACCCUUGCAAAUAUCGUCGUUUCCGUCAAACGAGGAGGAAUUGGAUAUUGACCUCAUAUGGGCCCAGUUAUUGUCUUCUCGCCAAGCCAUGUUCCUAAUGGGAGCGUCUUGCGGUGGUGGCAAUAUGAAAGUGGACGAAGUAGAGUACAAUUCAAUGGGCUUAAGGCCUCGACACGCCUAUUCUCUGUUGGACGUUCGAGACCUCGAAGGACACAGACUGAUGAAGCUGCGAAACCCCUGGGGCCAUUUUGUUUGGAAAGGUGACUGGUGCGAUAAUUCCACAUUGUGGACAAUGAAUUUACGCAGCGAAUUAAUGCCCGAAGGACCACAAGACGGCACUUUUUGGAUUUCUUUCAACGAUAUGCUAAAGUACUUUGACUGCAUCGAUAUUUGCAAGGUGCGCUUCGGAUGGAACGAAAUACGUCUAACCGGGAUUCUACCGCCGCUGGCCAGCCAGGAUCAUCUUUCUUGUAUUUUGUUAACCGUACUGGAACCAACUGAAGUGGAUUUCACGCUGUUUCAGAAAGGACAAAGAAAAUCGGAAAAAUCCCAACGAUCUCAACUGGAUUUGUGCGUUGUGCUGUUCAAGGCCCGACAAGGCACCACGAUCGGUAACUUAGUGGAGCACAGUAAGCGGCAGGUGAGAGGUUUUGUGGGUUGUUGUAAAAUGUUGGAGCCAGGCGAAUACAUAGUAGUGCCUUUGGCUUUCAAUCAUUGGCAUACUGGGCUGGAUGAGAUUUGCGCCUAUCCAAAGUAUGUAUUGGGAAUUCAUAGUUCGAAGAAGCUGCUGGCCGAACACAUCAAGCCUCCAAGCUACAUUUUAGCCGAUUCGAUCAUAUCGCUAACUUUAGCUAGAGGUCAGCGCCAUGAAGGUAGAGAAGGGAUGACGGCUUAUUACUUGACGAAGGGUUGGGCAGGGUUGGUGGUUAUGGUAGAAAACCGACAUGAAAACAAGUGGAUUCAUGUUAAAUGCGACUGUCAAGAGAGCUAUAAUGUGGUGUCCACCAGAGGAACGUUGAAAACGGUGGAUUCAGUGCCUCCUCUUACUAGACAGGUGAUUAUCGUGUUAACCCAGCUUGAGGGCAGUGGAGGAUUUUCAAUAGCCCACAGAUUGACGCAUAGAUUGGCAAACUCUCAUACGCUCUAUGAUUGGGGCCCAACUGGGGCCUGUCAUGUGCCGGAACUGGAUCACCAAACAUGCGGUUUACAUUCCCCUCGACUCUUUUAGGUAUGUCUGACUCUAAGAUAUUUUUAUUAUUUGCUUCCGGCAUAAAUUCAUUUGUGGGCAAAUUUUCAUGAUUAAUUGUCUGAUUUAGUCGCAUAAACGUGUUGUGGUGUUGAGCGCCUUAAAAGACGUGUAUCAUAGAGAAAGAACUGAUUAGGCUUUGUUAAGAUAUAAGUACAUUUUUUUCCUACUUAUGUUUAAGUUUAACGUUUUAUUAGUGAAAUUGCACAACAAUCUUUCUGGGCUGAUUAGGAUUUGAAUGCCCACCCGAUGGGCGGCUAUUUAUUUUACUUCUAUCUAGUGCAUUUUUUUCUAAAUAGAAAAUCGCACAAAUGAGAAAUUAAAAGUAGAGUAAUUUUGUUAAAAGGUGAAAGUGAAAAUUACUUUUAAGUUAAGUUUAAGGGUUGGUAAUUAUUUUGAUUUUGCGGCAACAUUUUUGUGUGCAUAUAGAGAUUGCUGUAUUCUUUGAAAGUCUCUACGAAUAUUUUUAUAAAAAACAACUAAUACUCGGACUAAGUACGUCGGUUUAGUGAGUUUCAAGCUUUUAAGGAGAUCCAGUGAGAAUUUAAAAAAAUGUAUUUUUUCCCUUCAUGUGCUAUUACUUCUUGCUAUUAAAAAGCAGCUUGGCUAUAUCAGCUAGUUCUAACUAGCCCAAUUUCCCGAAUUUAGCCCACUGUGUACUCCUUCAAAAGCAAAUUCAGUAUCAUCCAACACGCUAUUUAUUUUUAUAACAUGCCAUAUGUAAUGAAAACCGGUCUAAGAUCAACAUGUAAGUUAUUUUAAUGCGCAUAUAUUUAAAUUUCAUCAGUUUGAUCGAAUUCAAAAGAUAUUGGAAUUGAUGCGCUAAUUCUCGUUUGCUAAUUCGUAGAAAGUUUUUUGUUUUAAUUUUGCGUGCCUGAGAGGGGACGGAAGAAAAUGUCAACUUUUCGCGCGUAGCAUUAUAGAGAAAUACAAUCAAAUCCUCCAUAAAUUGAUGCUCGUCAGGCCAAAAUUAAAACCAAUACAUAAAUAAUAAGCUGUACAUUAAAAAUAUGCUUUUAUUUUAGUUUUAGAGAUUUGGUUUUCUUCAUUUAAUUUCUAAGGUAGUAAAACUUCUUUGGCCAUCGUGACAUAUGUUGUUAUAUCUGUGAUGUUUAAUUUAUAGGUAGAAAAGACAAUUUUGUUUGCUUGCGGAAGCUGCUUUUGCCAAAUUCGAAAGUGUACAUUUAAUUCAGUUUCAGUUUUUGAAACAACUUCUAUUUUUAAUUGUUCUGGGCAAAGAGGCUUCUGUCAAGACUGAAUUUUUACGUUAUGUGAAGUGUUCAUUGUUCUAAAUAGUGUUUUCUAAUAGCUGUAAGUGUUUCAGGAUUUAAGUUUGUGUACUAUGGCUGUAAAAAAUAUAAAGCUUUUAAUAGC